UCUAUUCUUUAAAUCAUAAAGGCCUCAUAUUGAAGGUGAAUCUACAACUUAUCUUUGAUCGGUUUAACCAUGAUGCAUAUGAUUAUAAAUACCAACAUCAGAAAUCCAGUAAUAAAUAUACUGCAGUACUAGAAAACCAUAAAACAUUCUCGAGAAUGGGCGUAUAAACAAAUAGAUGCUACGGUAGCCAUGGUCUAUUUUGUCAGAGUCAGUAUUUGGCUGUGUGAUGAGGCAAUGUUAAGCUAAGUUUUUGGCAUGAAGUGUAUAUUACAUGUGCAGUCAAGAAAGUUGAAACAUAUCUGAUGGUGGGAUUACUCCUUCCAUAAGUUGGUGCUAGAUUGUUCAUAGGAGACAAAAUUUCUUCAAAAAUUCUUUUCCUUCUGGAAAAGUAGAGCUCGUCAAGUUCCAUUCAAAGAAUGCACUUUUGAGACGAUAAAGGAAAGGAAGAGAGAGAUUUUCAAAUCUAAUUUAGAUACUUUUCUCUCUCUAUGAAGCAAAACUCCUCACACCCAAAUCAGUUCAUCAAUUAUUCAAAUUCAGUCUCCCUUAUAUCUCCUUUAAACACAAAAAAAACGAAGAGAGAAACAGAGAGGUAGAAGACAGAGGAACCUGUAAAUGGCGACGUUGCACAAGUUCAAGCUGCUAGCAACGCAAUGCGGCGUGGCGCAGAGCCCUACGAGAAGCCCAAGGACAAGCCCGGUGGUGCAGCUCCGCCGUCGGAAGAGUACCUUGAGGAUGCUUCUGAGUCGGAGCUCCAGCCGCCGAUCCUCCGCCUGCCGCGAACCUCCAAGUCAACCGAAGAUACUUGUUACAGAUUUGACCGAGAAGAAGAGGAGCAGCAAGGAUAUGGUGGGCCAUAAAUUGAAAGACCUGUUCGUUUCCUCGCCUUCAUUCGAAGAAGAAGAAGAAGAAGAAGAGAAAGGAAAAGGAAAGAGCGGAACGUUCACAGUUGCCGCCAAGUUGAAUGGAGUUGCCUCCUUCGGUGUCCGAAACGGGUUGAGUGUCGAAACGGGUUCGCCAAGGCCGAGUUGGGUCGGUUUCCGGUACCGGUUGCUGCUUAGAAGAGCAUGGCGCCCCAUGCUCGUUGCCAUCCCCGAGUAACUGUGGAAUUUAAUUUUCUGACGACGAUUUUUAAUAAAUCUUUUUCUUGAUUUUAUGAUA